CAUAGUAUUAGCUACCACUUGUAGGUUAAGGAGCCAAAGCUGCUGCCUCGGUGCAUAGGGGCGCAUCCCGGUGCCCAUCCCAUACGCAUUUUGCACAGAAUUAUGUCUCUUCAUUUGCGAGUUACGAUAGGGAACCGUCAUGCAGUUCCAUGUCGCUUAGGGGUUCUGCGGCUCCAGCACCGGCGGGUAGCUCCUGCCCGGUCCAUUGUAACCCGAGCUGGUUACAAGGAAAAAGGUUGUCAAGUGAAGAACGACCAAUUUACUGACGUGAAGAAUGUCAUGAAGCGGGUAGCUUCGGCUGCCUUAGCUACGACCACGGCACUGUCGUUGCUGCUCAGCCCUGCGUUGGCGGCAUCAGAGCUUGUCCGGCUGCCAGCCUCAACCGAUCCAGCCAUCUUUGCCGUACAGCAAACCCUAGUGGAGGCCUGGACCAUUGUGUCUCGCGCGUUCGUGGACCAGAAUUUCAACGGUCACGACUGGGAGGCGUCGCUGCGACGACACAUGAUGGCGGCGUACGGCAGCCGCAGCGGCGAGGCGGCGGCGGCGGAGAUCGGCGCGCUGUUGGAGGAGCUCGGCGACCCGUACACUCGCCGCGUCCCGCCAGAGGAGUACGCCUCCUUCCGCGUCUCCAGUGACGGCGAGCUGCAGGGGGUUGGCAUGCUGAUCGCCAACGAACCCGUCAACGGCCACCUGCUGGUGCUUGCGCCCAUCCGGGGCAGCCCCGCGGAGAGGGCGGGGGUGCUGCCGGGGGACGAGGUGACCUCCAUCAACGGGGUGUCCAUGGAGGGCUGGAACGGCGAGAAGGCGGCUCGGCUGCUGCGCGGCCAGGGCGGUACGGAGGUUCGGGUACGACUGGCUCGCCGUACGGGCGGCAUCCCGGGGGUGCCCGCCCGCCCUGACCCCCGCCCGCGCUCCUCCUCCUCCUCUUCCUCUACCUCCUCCACUUCCAUGCAAGCUGCUGCACCAACCUCAGCCACCGCUUCGUCUUCCCUGGAGUACCGGGAGAUCUCACUCCGCCGGGAGCGAGUGGAGAUCAGUCCGCUGUUCUUCGCAACCCUGCCGUCGCCUGCGUUGCCGCCCGGCACCGGAAACAUCCUGCCGGUUGGGAAGGACGGGCGGGUACGACAAUCCAACGGUCCGAUCGGUUACAUUCGGCUGACGUCAUUCUCCUCCAAUGCAGCAUCGGAGAUGAGAUCUGCGAUCCAGGAACUGGAGGCGGCGGGCGUUUCGUCGUACAUUUUGGAUCUCAGAAACAACCCGGGCGGGUUGGUGCAGGCGAGCCUGGACAUCGCGAGGCUGUUCAUGGAUGGCCACCCAGUGGCUUUCAAUGUAACUGGGCGUGAGGACGACGAGGUGCAGUCGCAGCUGGUGGACGGUCCCGGCUCCGCCCUCACGCACCGCCCGCUGGUGCUGCUUGUGAACGGCGGCUCCGCAUCCGCCUCGGAGAUCCUGUCGGGGGCGCUGCACGACAACCACCGGGCGCUGCUGGUGGGGGAGGGGCACACGUACGGCAAAGGGCGCAUCCAGUCCGUGUUUGAGCUGCAGGACGGCAGUGCGCUCUUCGUCACCGUGGCUCGCUACCAGACCCCCGCGGGCACUGAAAUAGACCGGGUGGGGCUCAACCCAGAUCGGGCGUGUGCGCUGCCGGCGGCAGCGGCGUCAGCGUUAGCGGCUGAGGGCGCGACGUCGGAGGAGGAAGAUGGCGGCUUUGUGGCUGGCCUGCCUAUGGUCCCCGGCACGGAGGCCCCCCUCGUGUCCUCCCUCAUGUCCGACCGCUGUGUGGUGGCGGCGCGGGAGGUGCUGACGCGGCAGGUGACGGUGCUGGCCAAUGCGGCCACACUGGCGGAGAACAUUGUACGGCCGGUGAGUGCGCCGCCGCUGCGGUCGCUGGCGACGGCGAGUGCGGCGGCGGCGGUACCUCCGUCGGCCCCUGCGGCGGCGGCUGCGGUGAAGGUGUGAGGUGUGAAGGUUUUUGCUUGCGGAUGCGGAUGCGGAUGCGGAUGGGUUUGUGCGGAGGGUUGGUUUGAAGGGAUGGAUGGGAUGAUGGGGUGUUGCAUGUGGCACGAGGAGAAAAAGAAUUCAAAUGGGCUUGCAAGAGCCCGGUGUACGUUAUUUGUGUGGAGUCAGGAGCACUUCAUGAAGUGGGCAGAUUUAAAUAUUUGUUUUGUGUCUGUUUGGUCAGGUUUGGUGGUUGGUUUGUUGUAGGUUUGGUGGGUGCUGGUUCUUGGUAGGGCGGGGCGCGCAGCUUUUGCAUGCAUGUCUUUACAACGUUGCAUGCAUGCGCAGGCACGCGUCCUCCAAACGUUGGUGCUGUUGUCAUGUUUUUUGCCGUCAUUGUUGCUGUUGUUGUUGGUUGGCCGAUUUAAACUCGUACUCCUAAACAGCCGCAAACAUGCCUGAUCGGGUCUUUUCUGGUUGAAGGGUGGUGCUGUUUGUGCGUCAUGUCAGGAAGGGGCAUGGCAUGAUGUCGCCAAAAGAAACGCGCGAGGUCAGGGAUCUGCAGGGC